GAGCGGUAAGCAGGGAGAAGGAUGUCGAUGCAGAGUUGCCCGUCUCCCUUCCAGAUUGUGUAAGCCUAGGCUGGCUGCGGUGCCGUGCUGCGAACCUUGUCUCCUUCAUCGGUCGGCCCUUUGAGGCGCAUGUGCGACCUGAACUUCCUUCCGCGGAUACUUCCGUGAAUAACCCGACCUACCUAUAUAUACACGACAUGGCCGCCUUGAAUCUCAGCAAGUCUCGGUUGAUCAUCCUCAACAACACAGCACUAUCAACACUCUUCUACUCACAAUCUUGCUCCGCAAUCACUUCCUAUCAUCAGCCAGGAAAUACAAUCGCCGAUAGACAAUCACCUUUCCUCGAACUCUUCUCCUACCUCCGCCCAAGUAUCUUAAGACACACCAGAGUUCUCUCCUCUUCAAACCCCAUCGCAAUAUUCUCAGACAUAGAGACGGCUCUGCACCACCAUGGCUUCCCAGGGAUUUAGCGCGAGCUUCUGCAGCGAGAAGACCGGCGAGCGCCGAGAGAAGCUUGGCCAGCACUGGCCGUUUCCGGCACCGCAGGUACGAGAGCAGGAGUGUUUGGCGAACUCAGGGACGCAGUCGCUUGGCGACGCCCAGCGCAACCUAUGGGACUGCAGCAGCGACUCCCUCACCUCCCCUGGCGUGGCUGGCCCUCGCACCCGCCCGAGGCCAGUCAACCCGCCUACACCUCCGCCCUAUGGACCCCGCCCGGGCCCCGUCCCUCCCGUUCCACCGGGGAACCCAACCCCGCCGCCCUCGCCUCGCCGCCCAAUGUGGGCGGCGGAGGGCGGCCUGGCCCGCACCAUUAUCCUCGCCUGCUUCCUGGACUGGGUCUAUCCCACCCCGACUCCCCUGAAACAUGGGGCCAAGUGCGACAACUACAAAGCUUGCCAAUCUCUGCGCCUGCCAGCUGUGUCCUUGGUAGCUGCCAUGCCCUAAAUGGAACACGGAUGGACUCUCAGACUGGGCUCACCCAGUAGGACCAUCAACGUUCUUCCAACUACCACUCCCGCCACUACUGCGCCACGAUAAGAUAUGGAAUCGUGGGGCCCUGUGGCCCUUGGGUGGCUGGUGUGCAUCCAGACAGCACCAACUGCCGGGGGGCUGAUGGACGUCUCGCAGCCUUGUGGGCCACGCCACAUGCUGCACGACAGAAGCUGACGAAUCUACUCGCCUCUUGCCUCUCACCUCUCGCGCCGCGCAUCUCUAUUCCCCUGCGCGGCCACUUUCGGCUCACGCCCUGUCGCUGGCUGAUUGUCAUUGAUCACCGGCUUGCAGCACUGCAGCAGGUGUGCUACUAAAUGACUCCAUCUGAUCGCGCUGGGAUUUGCGACACCUGUGGCGCGUCUUGCCCAACAGCCAUCCUCUCAUUGCCUAUCAGCGGCUCUUGUGCUACAAGCCCGGACCUGCACUUUAAUAUGGCGACGCCGGUCUGCAGGUCGCCUUGUCAUACCAGGCACCUGCAUCCGGUGCCGCUUCACAGAUCCGGCUGAUCCAAGAUGGUGCUCUACUGACUCCAUCAACAAGAACCCACUAUAGGUGGCUCACCAUGCCUGAUCUCUCGUCUGUUUUUUCUUUGUCAGCUCACUAGAUCUCUUAGCUUCUUUUUUCUGUCGCUGUCACAUGUCUUCUGGUUUUCCCUGUCUCGAUCGCUUUCGGAUGUUUCCAGAACAAGCCUUUUCUUGUCUUCGCAAGCCCUGUUGCCGCCACUACUCCCUUUUCUUUUUCAUGCUUAGAAUUACUCCCACCCUUGUACAAUCGUUAAGCGCGUGGCGCAUCACAAUCUGAGUUUCUUGUGCGCUGCUUUUGGGUACAGCGACAGCAUAGCAGAGCACC